UGGAGGAGAGGAAGCGAAACUUAACUUUCUCUUUCCUUCUGGAAGCGGCGAUGGCGGCCGAAGCGCCCUUGCAGGAUUUGGUGGAAGAAGCCACCUGCUCCAUUUGCCUGGACUAUUUCCAGGACCCCGUGCUCAUCCCGGAGUGCAGCCACAACUACUGCCGGGGCUGCCUGACCCGCAGUUGGGGGACGUCGGAAUCGGAGGCUUCCUGCCCCCAGUGCAGACGGACCUUCGCGCCCCGUAGCCUCCUCCCCAACAGGCAGCUGGCGCGGAUGGUGGAAGUGGCCAGGCGAUGCGGAGGUCUUUGGGGCGAGGAAGGAGGGAGCUUCUGCCCGAAGCACCGGGAGCCCCUGAAGCUCUUCUGUAAGGACCACGGGACCCUCAUCUGCGUGGUCUGCGACCGAUCCAAAGAGCACAAGGGCCACUCAGUGAUCCCUGCGGAGGAGGCUUUCCUGGAGUACCAGAUCAAGGUUGGGGAUUGCCUGAAGGCUCAUAAGGAGCAGAAAGAAAAAAUAGCUACAUACAAAAGCGACACAGAGCAAAGAGUGCAGGAGAUGCUUGACAUUGGAAGCAACUUGAAGAAGUACCAGGCAAAGAAAACAUUUGAGAAUCCAGUGAAUUUGUUUCUAGACCCAAAGAAGACAAUCUGGGAUCACAGUGAUAUGACUGUGCUUCUGAAAAGUGCCAUAAAAAAAUUGAGAGAUACUCUGAAAACUGGACUUAAACUAAAGAAAGUGAAUGUAAUUCUGGAUCCAGAAACAGCCCAUCCUGGCCGUCUUGACAUCUCCAGACAUCGAAAACGUGCCGAUGGACUUAAACCAGUUAAAGCAAUAUAUCCUGUCCCAAACCGCAAGAGAUUUGAAUAUAAUCCUUAUGUCCUCGGCUGUCAGAAGUUCUCAACAGGGAGACAUUUCUGGGAAGUUAUGGUAGGAGAUACAGCAGGAUGGGGUGUAGGGGUUGCCAGCAAGCCAGUGAACAUAACUAAUAUUGAUGAGCAGACCAGGCACUGGCAGAUUGGGAAAUGGGGAGAAAAAUACACAGCCAUCUCUCCAUCAACAUGCUCUGAACUGGUCCUGACUGAGGAGCCCACAAGGAUCCGCAUCUCUGUCAACUGCGAAGGGGGACAAGUGAGCUUUUUUGAUGCCAGCACCGCAGCUCUGCUCCAUACAUUCUCAGACGCUUCCUUGGUUGGAGAGACUCUUCUGCCCUGUUUCUAUUUGUGUGAUGGCACCUGGCUGAUACUACUCUAACAGAGGGGACAUCCAUAGACAAAACUUUAUUUUAUUUUGUAAUCUUUCUUUGUUUUUUUUCCUUUCCUUCCCCCUUUUUGUCUGUUUCCUUUUAAAUACCAUAAUUGUCAUCAUCCCCACAAACCAUUUUAGGGCUUCAGCAAGUAGUAGACUCAAUAUAAGCUUUACAUCCGCAUAGAUUUUUUUUGUUUUACAAAUUCUGCUACAGCUUAUGCCUUUUUGUACUUAAAUAUUUCCGUUAUCUACAACAUUCAGAUUACUGAUUUUAAGAGUGAUUAUAAUGUCAGCUUUGGAAGCUAUACUAGGCCGGAAGCUUCUGUGCUGCCACUUUCCCAUGUGUGGGAAAGUAGGAGGGGGGGAUUUCGUAGAAGGGGCCAUUAGACAUAAUAGCAUUCUUCCUGCCAGUCAAGGUCAGGCCGAUCCUGCAUCUUGAGAAGGAGUGGUCAGAGUGAUAUCUUGAGAUGGGGCAGCUGGCGAUUGGAGCAUGUGAUCAGCAGAGGAGUCGGGGUGGUUUUGGGGUUUUUUAUUUACUGACGGGAAAACCCGGAUCUCUCACUUUCGGAUUUUCCCAGAUGUGCCAGUUUACCUAUCCUAGUAAAAGAACUUUGAAAGAUGCAUGCUUCAGAGUUUUUACUUGGUGAGGGGUUUUUCUGGAAUGCAGACGUGUAAUUUUGUAAGGGGUCUCAUGGAUUGUAGUUCCUUCCUUUGCAAUUUCAUGUCAACAGAUUUAUUUUUUUGCACCUCUAUAACUGUCUGGUUCGGUUCUGCAAUCCAACAAGAAAAACACUGACUUCAGAGGAUAAUUAGAACUGCAGAAAAAAUAAUUGCUAUCAACCUGCCUUCCAUUGAGGACCUGUAUACUGCACGAAUCAAGAAGAGGGCCAUGAAAAUAUUUGCAGAUCACUCGCAUCCUGGACAUAAACUGUCUCAACUCCUACCCUCAAAACGACGCUAUAGAGCACUGCACACCAGAACAACUAGACACAAGAACAGUUUUUCCCCGAAGGCCAUCACUCUGCUAAACAAAUAAUUCCAUCAACACUGUCAGACUAUUUACUGAAUCUACACUACUAUUAAUCGUUUCAUAGUUCCCAUCACCGAUCUCUUUCCACUUAUGACUGUAUGACUAUAACUUGUUGCUGGCAAUCCUUAUGAUUUAUAUUGAUAUAUUGACCAUCAAUUGUGUUGUAAAUGUUGUACCUUGAUGAACGUAUCUUUUCUUUUAUGUACACUGAGAGCAUAUGCACCAAGACAAAUUCCUUGUGUGUCCAAUCACACUUGGCCAAUAAAAUUCAAUUCAAUUCAA